AUGAAUGAAACUUUAAUGAUUGCACAAUUAAAACAAAGAUUCUCUCAACCUAAUUAAUUGCAAAGAGGUUAUGAUGAAUUAUUAGCAUAUAUUAAAACUAAUGAUAUUUCAUUUGAAUUAAUGCUAAUGAAAAUGAAAUUUGAGGAAAAACUUAAAAAAAAUGAAUAAGCCUUAAAAACAUGGUAAUUUUUCUUAAUUAUAAUCAGCAAUUUUUUAUUAUUCUUGUAGCCAUAUUCUUAGGAAAUACAUAUUAGAAAAUUGAACAUUCUCAAAUAACUACAAUAUUUCAAAGAAAUUUCAGAUGAAUUAUUGAUCAUUAAAUAACUAUUUCCUUAAGUAAAUUUAAUGCAGAUAUGA